CCAUCAUCAUUCAUUCACAUAAAAACUAUCUUCUUGCUCAUUUUUCAUCAUAUCAAUCUACUCUGUAAACUUUGCUUCCUCUGUUUCUUCAUUUCUUGUGUUAGCUCAUAAGAGAUAUGGGAAGUACUCCAACUGAAUUACCCUGUGAGGAUGUCGCCGAUAACAGAUCCGGCGUUGGCGGUGGUAUUUCUGACGUCUACGGUGAGGAUUCCGCCACCUUGGACCAGCUUGUCACCCCUUGGGUUACCUCCGUCGCUAGUGGCUACUCGUUGAUGCGUGAUCCGAGAUACAACAAGGGACUUGCAUUUACUGAUAAAGAAAGAGAUGCUCAUUACUUAACUGGUCUUCUUCCUCCUGUGGUUUUGAGUCAGGAUGUUCAGGAGAGAAAGGUGAUGCACAAUCUCCGUCAGUACACUGUUCCUCUACAGCGUUACGUGGCCCUGAUGGAUCUUCAGGAAAGGAACGAGAGGUUGUUCUACAAGCUUUUGAUUGAUAACGUUGAGGAGUUGCUUCCAGUUGUGUACACACCAACAGUUGGUGAGGCUUGCCAGAAGUAUGGAAGCAUUUACAGGAAGCCACAGGGUCUCUACAUCAGUUUGAAAGAAAAGGGCAAGAUUCUUGAAGUGUUGAAGAACUGGCCCCAGAGAGGGAUCCAAGUUAUCGUUGUUACAGAUGGUGAGCGGAUUCUCGGUCUGGGAGAUCUUGGUUGCCAGGGAAUGGGAAUUCCAGUAGGGAAACUUUCUCUUUACACUGCUUUGGGAGGAAUCCGUCCAUCAGCUUGUCUUCCAAUCACCAUUGAUGUGGGUACAAACAAUGAGAAGUUGCUAAAUGAUGAAUUCUACAUUGGCCUUAAACAGCGAAGAGCAACUGGCCAGGAAUAUGCUGAGUUCCUCCACGAGUUCAUGUGUGCUGUUAAGCAGAACUAUGGAGAGAAAGUGUUGGUACAGUUUGAAGAUUUUGCAAACCACAAUGCCUUUGACCUUUUGUCUAAGUACAGCGAUAGCCAUCUUGUUUUCAAUGACGAUAUCCAGGGUACUGCAUCCGUGGUGCUUGCUGGGCUUAUUGCCGCUCAGAAGGUGCUUGGUAAAAAGCUGGCUGACCAUACCUUCCUGUUCUUGGGUGCCGGAGAGGCUGGAACCGGUAUCGCUGAGCUAAUUGCUCUUAAGAUUUCAAAAGAGACUGGAGCUCCAAUCGCUGAGACCCGGAAGAAGAUUUGGCUUGUGGACUCCAAGGGACUGAUCGUUAGCUCGCGCAAAGAAUCUCUUCAGCACUUCAAGCAGCCAUGGGCACAUGAGCACGAACCCGUGAAGGACCUCAUUGGUGCUGUUAAUGCAAUCAAGCCAACCGUUCUCAUUGGAACAUCCGGUGUUGGUCAGACUUUCACAAAAGAAGUUGUCGAGGCCAUGGCUACCAACAACGAGAAACCGUUGAUUCUUGCUCUCUCAAACCCUACUUCUCAAGCCGAGUGUACCGCAGAGCAGGCUUACACAUGGACCAAGGGUCGUGCAAUCUUUGGAAGUGGAAGCCCGUUUGAUCCUGUUGAGUACAAUGGCAAAACUUACUUGCCUGGCCAGGCAAACAACUGUUACAUUUUCCCGGGUCUGGGUCUUGGUUUGAUCAUGUCUGGUGCAAUUCGUGUCCGUGAUGACAUGCUCCUCGCAGCUUCUGAAGCAUUGGCCGCACAAGUCACAGAAGAGCAUUUCGCAAACGGUCUGAUCUACCCGCCAUUCUCAAACAUCAGAGAGAUCUCUGCUAACAUUGCAGCCUGUGUCGCCGCCAAAACCUAUGACCUCGGAUUGGCGUCGAACCUCCCACGUGCAAAGGAUCUUGUCAAGUUUGCAGAGAGCAGCAUGUACAGCCCUGUGUACAGAAACUACCGUUAAAAAAGUUUUGUUGAAGAAAACCUGCAGAUUCUUCUAUUCACAACCCUUAAUAGUUCUUAAGGCUUGUAUUUAAGUUUUUUUUUUUUUGUUGUUGUUUGUUUGUUGUUUUGUUUUCGACUUCUACAUUGUGAUGCUAUUUGUGAACUCUCUCUGUCUUUGCUGAUGAAUAAUAAAUUGUUACUAAUAUA